AGCAACAGUCAGUCAGACACCUCGGUAGCUUGUAGACAAAAUAGACGAACCAAUAAAGCUCUUUAAACGCGUUCGUGUAUAUUAGCCACUGUGUUUAAACCCACUUCUGUCGUCUAGUUAGUUAUCCCAUUUAAUUUAACAUUUUUACGUUGUUAUUAGUUAACUAGCUGUCUGGUUAAGUUAGCAUUAGCCUAGCUAACAUCACCGACCAUGAGUUCACUAAACUACUCUCGUCUUGCUAAAGACUGGACGGAGGAAGAAGCUUCUCCUCCAGCGACAGAAGAGGAGGUCUGCUGGACGGUGGAAGAAGCUCUCGUUAAAGAGGAAAAAGAAGAGGAGGCUGUUACAAUACAAAAACAAGUAGAGGAUGAGGCUGUUACAGUGAAAGAAGAAGAGAAAGACGUUUCAGUGAAAGAAGAGGAAGACGCGUUCAGAGUGAAAGAGGAGGAUGUUACUGUAAAAGAAGAGGAGGGUGUUACUGUAAAAGAAGAGGAGGGUGUUACUGUAAAAGAAGAGGAGGGUGUUACUGUAAAAGAAGAGGGGGAUGUUACUGUAAAAGAAGAGGAGGAAGACGCGUUCAGAGUGAAAGAGGAAGACGAUGUUACAGUAAAAGGAGAGAAAGGUGCCGUUUUUGGAGUGAAAUUGGAGGAGGAGGAGAUGACUGUCACAUCGAAAAAGGAGGAAGAGGAGGAAACUGGAUAUCAGGGCCCGGUUCCCCAAAGCCAUCUUAAGGCAUCCAGUAUUGAUGAUGAAGUUAGCCGUGAGAUGCUUUUGAGAAACCGGGCCCUGAUUAACACUAGAGAGAGACUUGACUAUCGUGGAUCCUCUGGGGAGCCUCAACAACAUCAUGAAGCUGACGAGGCAGAGAAGAGUCUCUCCACAUCAGAACACCUCAAGAAACACCAACGAAAACCCACAGGAAAAAAAUCUCACCACUGCUCUGACUGUGGGAAGAGUUAUUCAAGAUUAGAUUCACUAAAAGUACACCAGAGAAUUCACACAGGCGAUACAGCUCACUGCUCUGACUGUGGGAAGAGAUUCACCUCUUCAGCAGACCUAAAAAGACAUGAGAGAAUCCAUACAGGAGAGAAACCUUAUAGCUGUGAUCAAUGUGGGAAGAGAUUUACGCACUCAAGCUGCCUGAAGGUACAUCAGAGAACACACACAGGAGAGAAACCUUAUAGCUGUGAUCAAUGUGGGAAGAGAUUUGUCACAUCUAGCCGUCUGACUAUACACCAGAGAACACACACAGGAGAGAAACCUUAUAGCUGUGAGCAAUGUGGGAAAAGUUUUAAUGUUCGAAGCGGCCUGAAAACACACCAGACAACACACACAGGGGAGAAAUCUUUUAGUUGCUCUGACUGCGGGAAGACCUUUUCAAAAUUAUAUACAUUACAAUUACACCGGACAAUUCACACUGGGGAGAAACUUUAUAGCUGUAAUCAAUGUAGGAAGAGUUUUAAUCACUCAAGCUUGCUGAAGGUACAUCAGAGAACACACACAGGAGAGAAAUCUUUUAUAGCUGUGAUCAAUGUGGGAAGAGAUGUGUUACAUCUAGCAGUCUGACUAUUCACCAGCGGACACACGAGAGAACCCUUGUAGCUGUAAUCAAUGUGGGAAGAGUUUUACUCAGCCAAACAUCCUGAUAUCACACCAGAGAACACAGGAGAAACACCUCGUAGCUGUGAUCGAUGUGGAAAGAGAGACGCUGGUAAAGUAUCUCUGAUUAAACAUCAGAGAAAAUACAUACAUGAAGGAGUUGUUUCAUGACAUCAAUACGAUAAUGUCACAAUGUAGAAUGUUUUAAUAUUGUAGUACGAGUAUUUUAAUGAUGUCAUAAUGUAGAAUGUUUUAACAUUGUAGUAGGAGUAUUUUAAUGAUGUCAUGAUGUAGAAUGUUUUAACAUUGUAGUAGGAGUAUUUUAAUGAUGUCAUAAUGUAGAAUGUUUUAACAUUGUAGUAGGAGUAUUUUAAUGAUGUUACAAUGUCGAACCCUAAACGUUUGUCUCCUGUUCCAUUGAUUUCAACAUGAUAUGGAUAUUAGCCUCAGGGGGAAAAUCCAGGCUCUGAAUUGAAAGAGUACUAUUUAUGUGAUUAACAAAAAGUGUUGCGUUACACUUAUCUCGUCGGUGAUCCACUUGAAUCAAAAUGCAACACUUCAAAAUGUAGCUAGCUAUUUUCUACAAAUUGUCCUCUAACCAGUGAGGUACACAUUAUUCCCAUAUUCCGUGUGGUGUUUGAGCUGAUCGUUUUAACGGGACGUGAAACCUCAUCUCCCCCUCUCGCGCAAUUGAUUUCAACUUGAUAUAGAAAUGAGUGAUGACAAAAAUGUGUUGCGUUUCUCUUCGUUUUGGUGACCCCAAAAUUUAAAUGCACCACUCAAAAAUGUAGCUGGCUGUCUUCUGCAGGUUGUCCUCUAACCAGUGAGGUAAAAUAUAUCUUCCAUUUCCAUGUUUUUUUUUAUAGUUGUGUUAGUUUUAAAGUACAACCCCCAAAUCGAUAUCAGUGAUUUAUUGUUGCUAUUUUUGAUGUAAUCGUGUAACAUUUAGUAAUCAUAAUUAUUUUUGUAACCAACUGACAUUUUUUGUUUGUUUAUUAACAAUGUAGUAAAACUAGCUUAUAAUUUUGGUUGGAUAUUACAUCCUAUUCAAUGUAGUAAAACUAGCUUAUAAUUUUGGUUGGAUAUUACAUCCUAUUCAAUGUAGUAAAACUAGCUUAUAAUUUUGGUUGGAUAUUACAUCCUGUUCUUGCCAUUUUAGUCCUCAGCAUGAUCAUUGGUCUUUCAGUUUUCAUUGUUAUUCCUAAUGUUUGUUUGUGGUGUAAAUAUUUAGCGUCGUUUUUAUUUUCGCGUCAUUUUUAUUUGUUUGUUUUUCCCUGUGAAGCGCAUUGCGUUGCAUCCAUGUCUGAAAUGUGCUGUAUAAAUAAAGCUUGAUUUGAACA